GGGCCGGUGCGCGGACCCAUGCAAGCUGGGCCUGUCCCGCAGAGCAGCUAGAACCGCGCAGUCCAGGGCAGGGGACCCCCAGAGCAAACCGAUCCGUCUGGUCCCCGCUCCCCGGCUCCUUCCGCAGAAGUCGAGCCGCAGAUGGAAAAGUUUGGGGAGUCGUCCCCGGCUAGCCAGGAGGGCAUUUUCUCAUUCCUCAAGCGUCCAGGUGUUCAGAAAGGGAGGGUGACAUCCGGACCGUCUCGGCCACUCCUCCCCCGGGGCCUAUUGUGACACUGGCCUCCUCGGACCUCGCCCCGGGGCCCUGGCCCCUCCUCCCCGAACUAUAAAGGUCGCGGGCCGGGCCGCGGAGCUCACUCGCCGAACACACCUGGCGUCACGGGCCCGCGGCCGUCGGGUGGCCCGUCCAGGCUCUCCGCCGCGCUCCAGCCGCCGCGCCGCAGCCCGCGCGGGUCCCGCCCCCCGAAGUGCGCUCCAGCCGCCUCGGCCCCGCAGCCCGGGCCCCUGCGCCGCUCGCCGCGGGAAGGAGGAUGGAGCCGCGCCGCGCCCCCCGCGCCCCCCGCGCCCCCCGCGCCCCCCGCGGCCCCGCGCUGCUGCUGUGCCUGGGUCUCCAUCUUCUCCAAGCAGUUCUGGGCACCACGGUGAUUCCUUCGUGCAUCCUGGGAGAAUCUGAAGAUAACUGCACAGCAUUAGUUCAGGUAGAAGACAACCCACGUAUGGCUCAAGUGUCAAUAACCAAGUGUGACUCCGACAUGAACGGCUACUGUUUGCACGGACAGUGCAUCUACCUGGUGGACAUGGGUCAGAAUUACUGCAGGUGUGAAGUGGGGUACACUGGUGUCCGAUGCGAGCACUUCUUUUUAACCGUCCAAAAGCCCUUGAGCAAAGAAUACGUGGCGCUGACUGUGAUUCUCGUUAUCUUGUUUCUUAUCAUAGUCGCUGGUUCCAUAUACUACUUCUGCAGAUGGUACAGAAAUCGGAAAAGUAAAGAACCCAGGAAAGAAUACGAAAGGGUGACGUCAAGGGAUCCAGCAUUGUCACAAGUCUGAAUGAGGCCAUUAAGCUAUGGACAGGGAGUCAUAGCAUGGCUAGUAAUGUUACUAUUCCUAUUUUAUUAAUAAUAUUUAUGUUGGAUCACAUGUUAAGUCUACAAUGAUACAUUUUUAAUAUACUUGUAUUUUUUUAUUUUUGUUUUAUUUUUGACAGACUAUUUGCUAAUAUAUAAUGUAUAAGAAAUAUAUAAUGUAGAAAAAAAGUCAAUAUUUUUGUAAGAAAUAAUUUCCUGGGACUAAAUGCCUUAGCUCCAAAGCUAGUUGCUGGCUACACAAUGUCUUGGAGUGAAUGAUGUCUAGUUUGUAGCUCAGGAAGUGUCACAGAUGACAGAUUUCUGUUAAGCCUAAAUAUAUGGUCAGAUCAACUCAAUAAGUGUAUUUUCCUACUCCUCCAAUUAACAAUGAUUGGUUUGACCGUAUUGUAGUUUGAUGUAUGACUUGGUGCAUGGAGUUAUGUAUUAAAACACUAAUGCAAUGGGAAUUGAGGAGAAGCCAGUCUAGAUCCUGGGCUAAAGGCUACACACUGGGGACAACCUAAACUGGGAAGGACUGCGUCCUACCCCCAUCCUUCCCUGUGGCUGUGUUUAGUGCUCGGGAAGGCAGGUGGGCAGCUCCUUAUUCCACCUCACAGCUCCUGAGGACAUGCGUCAUCCACCUCCAAUGUCUCCUUGCAUUAAAUGAAUUGACAACUUCAUUUCAUACCAUCUUUCAUGUAAAUAGUAGGCAUUUUAUAGCUUUUCUUUUCAGUACAUUUAUGUGAUGUAAUUUGCUCACAAGACAAUUAAAAAAAAAAAUCCACACUUGGAGCCCACAUUUGGGCUUCUCUUCAAGAGUACCUCUUUUUGUAGGGACUUUGACUAAGAAUCCUAAGAUUAAAUUAUAGUCCAAAGUUUGAGGGACUAUAGUCCAAAGUUUAAAGCACAAGACAAGAAUUCUAUCUGUUGUCCAAAGAUGGAAAUACAAUUAUUUCAUCUUCUAUGAAAGAGUUUUAACUUAAAACAUUGCAGUUAAGUAGCUCCUUCUACAACUUAAGAUUAUAUGUUUAAAAUAAUCUCCUGAUAUAGGAAAUGGAAGAAAUAGAUCACAGUGUAUUUUCCCAAAUGAACAAGUUCAUUUGAAAACUUGUAAAAUGUAGAGACUUAACCUAAAUGCCUUCUUUUGGAGACUUGAGAUGAAACCAGGGCCCUGUCUUCUGUCUUUUGUUUAUUCUGGGGGGAAGAGACAGGUUUUCCUUGUGUUUGAGCACAUGGUCUCCGUGAGUUAAGAAGGGUGCUUGGGGCAACCACAUAAGGAACCGCAGUUGCCAGGGAGGGUCUAUCCUUUUCCUGCCUUUUUUCCUGGCAGGUGCAAGGGCGACAGAGGGACAAUGAAUCAUGGCUGACUUCUGAAUUGCCAGGUGCCAGGAUUUGUCUCCAUAUGGAUCCCUUCAUUGGUACCCUGGUUUUCUUGUAAGACUCUUUCCCAAAGUAUUGUAUCUGGUCCCUUACCUUUAGGGGAAGAAUGUGUGUGUGUGUGUGUGUGUGUGUAAAAUAUACAUAUAUAAAAUACAUAUAAAAUAUACAGAUUCAUAUACAAAUACACAUGUACUCAUGAGCCCGAUCAUAGAACUAUAGUCAUUUGUAGCUCUUUCAAAAUAUAUGAAACUUAAAAACAAGCUAAAGAGAAAUAAAAUGAAAUUCAGUGAGAUCUAAAAGGAUAUUUCUGGCUCCCAUUUAAUCCAGCUGAAGUCAAAUGUGCUGUGUAAGAACACAUUUUAGGUCCUACACAUCCUUACUGACACCCACUAGAUGUAAAUGGAGUCUGCCUAUUUUAAGUGAUCUUGAUGGUGUCAAAGCAAAUUGACUUACUGAGAAAUCAACAGCAAUUCACAUAUUUUAUUUACAAAAAGAGAGUUAUCUUGGUUUGUCUUAAACAUAUCAACUCAUAUUAUGUAUGUAACUAAUUGUAAAUAGUUUGCUGUGUUUCUAAUCUUAAGGAUGCUCAAGAAACUAGCCCCUGUAAAAUCUAAAUCUUCAUUUAUAAAUGGAUAUUAAAUAAUAAAGAGAUAUGGCCUAGACUGUGUUCUAUGGGUGAAAAUAGGCCAGAAACAAUUGUUUUAAUGAGGAUAAUGCUGAGCACACCUAGCAGAUGGUUGCCGUCAAUAUACAUUUCCUACAAACAAUGGAAAGAGUUGGGUUCAUAUUUAUCUUCUUUAUUUUACAGAUUUCUAACUAUAUAUAUUUCUAGAAGAGGUUAUAUUUAUCCAAUGUACUGAGAACAAAUGCUGUCAGGGAUUGUCAAUUUUUGUAUUGGAAAUACACAUACUAGUUUCUAAUUUCUGUUGAAUUCAGUAAUCUUGUUUUGAAAAGCUCAUGUCUGAUCCGCAUUGUCAUUUUUGCUCCAGUGUCCACCUUGUGGACUUUGGAGGGAAAAAAUGUGUUUAACUUGCUGCCCAAUAUUUUCUGAUUUUUUUCUACUCUUACUCAUAUGGGAGAAAGGGAGUAACAACUUGCAAAGCAAUGUAAAUUUUUAAUGUUUUAGCGAAAAGUAAUUUUGUCUAAAGCAUGUCUGUUAUCCAAACUGGAUGGCACUAACUGUAAGAUCGUAUAUUUUCCUCUUUGCUGUUUUUGCACUCUGUAAUUGCACUUUUUAAGUUCAAGAGCCAUUUUGGUAUACAGUUUAUAUUGAAGAUGCUAUGGAACAUAAAGUUGUAUUGCAUACAGUUUAAGCUAACUUAUUUGACAAUGGAUUUUAUCAGAGUACUGAAUUGUAUCAAUUUGUUUGUGUUCAAUAUCAACUUUGAUAAUUGUGUACCUUAAGAUAUUGAAGGAGAAUAUAGUACUUUACAAGAUGUUAAUGUUUAUUUAUUUUUGUUGGGAACUGGAAAAAAAAACACAACUAAGAAAUAAAAAUGCAUUAUGUAUUGUGCAUUAAAGAGUUUCACUGGUAAA